AAGCAAAGGGAAACCGAGCCAUAAUUGGAAGAAAACGGGACGCGCAUCUCAUUAAGGGAUUUUACAAAAAAAAAAUCGAAUUUUACAAAGAUUUUUCGAAUUUUACACAGAUUUUCGAGUGUAUCGCGACUCCCUUCACUACCGCCAAUGAACUAAAGGGGAAGGAAGGCCUUAAUUCGCCAGUUAUUUAGAGAAAAAUGGAACCUUCUGCAAUGGUGGAGCUUCCUGCAUACGAAUUUCCUCCUCCCUUUGUUCCUAAAAGGGAGCGGCCACAUCACCCAGACUACAACAAUGACCUGCAGCUGUUUCUUGUGAGGACGGUGACCCUUAUACGAGCAAAAGUAUCAGAUGCUCUUGGCUUCAACAUUCGAGGUGGGAAGGAACAUUUUUGCGGCAUUUUCCUCUCCAAAGUGAUGCCUAACACAGAAGCAGAGAGGCUAGGGUUGCGAGAAGCAGACCAGAUUAUUUCUGUGAAUGGAACGAAUUUUGAGGAUAUUGAGCAUGCCAGAGCCGUACAAAUUCUGAAGUCCAACACAGAGAUAGUCAUGCAGCUGCGGUAUUUUCCAUAUGGUUACAAAAAGACGUAUGAGAAGGUGCAGAAUGCUAAUAUGGGUAGAGCUUCUAGCUGACAAAUCACUCCUUUUGCAAAUGAUGUGGAUAGCAUUCCAUAGUUUUUAUUUGAAAUAAUGAUUAUAAAUAAUUAGUUAAUGAUAAGUGCUUAUCAAAUGUGGAUAACAUUUCAUAGGUUUUAUUUAAAAUAAUGAUUAUAAAUAAAUGUAAAUGAUAACUGCUCAUCAGAUAUAAUCAAGAAGAUGGUUUAAAAAAGCAAUGUAUAAGAACGUUAUGAUUUAGGUUAUACACAUAAUUUUUUAAAAUUGCUUUGGCAUAAUUUAGCAAUGAAAGGAUCAAAAAUGUAAUAAAAGGACCUGAAAUUGCUUCUUUUAUUUUUAUUAUAAAUGAUAAUUUUUCAUUAGCAAUAGCCCCCAAAAUGUAUAUGUAUGUAUGCUUUUCUGUUAAGCUUAUUCUUAGAAUUACACUGAAUUUAC